AUGGGCGGCGGCGGUAACAUCGGCUACAGUGGUGGUAACCACGACAGCAGCUCGGCUGGUUACAGCAGUGGUUACAGCAAUGUUACGGGUUACGGCAAUGUUACGGGUUACACCAAUGUGACGGGUAACAGCUUCGGCAACAGUGCUGUCUAUGGCCAACACGGUAGUAGCAGCUUCGGCGGUAUUAGUAGCAGCGCGGCUGGCGGGUAUGCUACUUCACAAAUGAGGCACCCGGUCGAGGGUAGAAGCGGGGCUGGCGAUGCUAGCAGCUUCGGCGGUGCUAGCAGCUUCGGCGGCGCUAGCAGCGCGGCUGGCGUUGUUAGCAGCUUCGGCGGUGCGAGCAGCGGGGCUGGCGGGUAUGCUUCUUCACAAACGAGGCACCCGGCCGAGGUUAGCAGCGGGGCUGGCGGUGCUAGCAGCUUCGGCGGUGCUAGCAGCUUCGGCGGUGCUAGCAGCUUCGGUGGUGCGAGCAGUGCGGCUGGCGGGUAUGCUUCUUCACAAACGAGGCACCCGGCCGAGGUUAGCAGGCCUGUCGAGGUUAGCAGGCCUCCUAAGCCCAUGGCUGCUCGUCACCGCCGGAUCCGCUCCGAGGAUUUCUCUUUCGCCGCGUAUUCUCCUGCCGACGUGACUGAUGGGUUCCAUGGCUUCCCUGGAACGAACGCUGCCGCGUAUCGCGGAGCGCCGGAGAUCGGCUUAAAAGAAGCCGCUGCUGCUGCCACCCCUGGGAAUACCCACUGCCAAUCAAAACUCCCGCUCUCAAGAAGGCAGCCCCGUUGA